AUGACUCGGUUUCUUCCACUCCUCGAUGUUCCCCAAGGCGAUCUCUUCAAUGCCUUGUCGAGAAUAGGUCCAGUUCUAUUGAGCAAUCCUUCUUUACCACUACCACCCAACUCCUACGUUUUACUCAACGAAGACACAUCCAACGAGCUAGAUCACAUUAUUCCCUGGUUGGACGAAGGCGCAGAAAAAGUAGUUCUUCCCUUAAGUUCUGCUAAGGAAGUUAUCGGUCUUAUACCACAAGAAAGACUGGUACUUCUUUUAGAUGCUGUCAGUGUGAGCGCAGUAUCGGAUAAAGUUCGGAACGCUGUGUCUGGCGUUUUACUCAAAACACCGGAGAUUGAUUUGGAUCUGAUUUCCUCGGUGUCCAACUUCUUCUCCAAAUCAGCCAUCUUUGUGCUUGUAGACUCUCCAGACCUCCCUUCCAUAUACAACAUCCGAUCUCUUCUUCAAGCUGGUGCCAAUUUGGUUCUCCCUAGCUCGCAGCUUACACUCGACAUUUCCUCCUCCACACAUCUCAAUGUUGGGGAUGUAUUCCUUGCACCUAUUAAUUCCGAUCGCGCAGACGGGCUUUUCCCUACCAUUGUAUCCACAGAAACCGGUCAUUCCCUCGGUCUCGUCUAUUCCUCCAUCGAAUCUUUGAGGGAAAGCAUCAUCACUGGUAAAGGUGUAUAUCAGUCGAGAAAACACGGUCUAUGGAGAAAAGGGGAGACUUCCGGCUCGACGCAGGAAGUUGUCAGCAUUCGUCUUGACUGUGAUUCUGACAGUCUUGAAUUCCGAGUCAUCCAGCACGGGUCUGGAUUCUGUCACCUCGGGAGACAAUCGUGCUUCGGGGAGGCCAGCGGGCUGCCUCUUCUGGAGAGGACUCUGCGAUCUCGCUUCGAGAGCGCUCCAGCAGGGUCAUAUACUAAAAGGCUCUUCAAUGAUCCAGAUCUCUUACGUUCGAAGAUCAUGGAGGAAGCGGACGAGUUGUGUCGCGCGGACACGGAAUAUGAAGUUGCCUUCGAAGCAGCCGAUCUGAUCUAUUUCGCUCUUACCAAGUGUACAGCUCAUGGUGUCAGCAUAGCCGACAUUGAGAGAUCGCUGGAUAGGAAGGCAAAGAGAGUCACACGCCGAGCCGGCAACGCCAAACCCCAGUGGUCUACUCCCAAGCCCGCUUCUGCUCCUACUCCUGCUACGUAUAUGCCCCCAGCUGAUGAUCCCAAUGCACCUAUUCGAAUGCGCACAGCAGUACUUGCAGGUAUUUCUGAAGAAGAACGCGCUCUUCUCCUCCGUCGACCUGUCCUUAAAUCCGAUGAAAUGAUUGAAAAGGUCAAACCGAUCGUCUCCGAAAUCCGGGCCAGAGGAGACGCCGCCCUUCUCGAAUUCACUGCCAAAUUCGAUAAGGCUGAGCUUUUGUCAACCUGCAUGUUCCCUCCUUACUCCAAAGAAUCCAUGAAGAUAUCUCCGAACGUCAAGGAUGCUAUUGACAAGGCGUACUCCAAUAUCAGGAAAUUCCAUGCAGCCCAGGUCGAUGGGUCUACAUUGAAGGUGGAAACCAUGCCAGGUGUAGUUUGCUCACGAUUUGCUCGCGCCAUCUCCCGUGUGGGAUUGUAUAUUCCUGGCGGAACUGCCAUCUUACCUUCGACUGCAUUGAUGCUUGGUAUUCCUGCACAAGUCGCGGGCUGCAAGGAGAUUGUUUUCGCGACUCCUCCUCGUCCCGAUGGUAGUAUUUCUCCAGAGGUCAUGUAUGUUGCACACCUUAUCGGUGCCUCGGCGAUUCUUAAAGCUGGGGGUGCUCAAGCAGUCGCGGCCAUGGCAUACGGAACAGAGACGGUACCAAAGGUCGAUAAGAUAUUUGGGCCGGGUAACCAGUGGGUUACUGCUGCAAAAAUGCUGGUUCAAAAUGACACGGAUGCUCUGGUGAGCAUUGAUAUGCCAGCCGGACCGAGUGAGGUCUUGGUCAUAGCAGACCAUACUGCUAAUUCUGCUUUCGUAGCAGCCGAUUUGCUUUCUCAAGCUGAACACGGUAUCGAUUCUCAAGUUGUCCUCGUAGCCGUCAACCUCUCGACAGAGCAUCUCGAACAAAUCGAGAACGAGGUUGACAAGCAAGCGCGAGCACUCUCUCGAGUUGACAUCGUCAGGCAAUCAGUAGCGAAAAGUCUCAUCGUCCAGACUACUUCUGUGGAAGAGGCCAUUGAAUACUCCAAUGAUUAUGCCCCGGAACACUUGAUUCUGCACUUGGAAAAUGCCCCCGACAAGGUCCAACUCAUUACCAAUGCGGGAAGUGUUUUCGUUGGACCAUUCACUCCAGAAAGUUGUGGUGACUAUGCCUCUGGAACGAAUCACACCCUCCCCACGAAUGGCUACGCCCGUCAGUUCAGCGGGGUAAACACGCUUUCUUUCCAGAAACAUAUCACAUCUCAAGAGAUAACGUCUGAUGGUCUUAAGGGAUUAGGACCUAUCGUAGCUACAUUAGCUGAUUGCGAAGGUUUGCAGGCCCACGCCAAUGCUGUUCGGAUACGGUUAGGCAACAUGAACUUGUAA